AUGCGGCAGUCGGACGGCGGCAGCUCGAGCUCCGACACGCCGCUGCCGCCGCCGGGCGCGCGGGAGCAGGCCGAGGAGGUGGAGGCGGCCGAGCAGGGCCCAGUCGCAGAGGGCGACCGCGUGUACCUGAUCGCCGCGGACUGGUGGGAGGAGUGGCGCCAAUUCUCCGGCUAUCACGCACCCAACGGCCCGCCGCAGAACGCAGACGCAGACGCGGACGCGGGCGCGGUCGCUGAUGGCGCGGACGGCGCUGGCGACGCGGCCGCCGGCGCGCCCGCGGACGCGCCGCCGUCGCCCGCGCCCCCACCGGGGCGCAUCGAGAACCGCGCCCUCCUCGACUUCGCGGGACCCAUCCACCUCGGCUCGUCGGGCCUGUCGGGCCCAUCCCUGAAGCAGGAGCUCGAGGCAGGGAAAGACUAUGUCGUCGUUAGCGACAAGACGUGGCGCCUAGUUACCCUCUGGUAUGGUGGCGGCCCAGCCAUCGAGCGCACGGCGGUGCUUGAGGGGCUCGCCCCCCAUGCGAAGAAGCCGAGGAUCAACCUCUGCCCCAUGCGGCUGGAGGUGUGGUGCCACAACGAGAAGGGGUGCAAAUACCUGGAGGCGGACGCGGCGGGCACGGUGGCGGAGCUCAAGGCGCGAGCUUGCGCCUUAUUCAAGGUGCAGGAGGUGGACGUGAGGAUCUGGGACUACUUCCAGCACUCCAAGUACAAGGACCUGGAGGGCUGCCUGGAUCAGAAGCUGCCCGACGCGCGCAUCAUGGAGGACCAGCCCAUACUGCUGGAGGACAAGGAUGCCCCCGAGGAGGACGCGCGCGGCCCGCCGCCCGUCAUCCAGCUGGGCGGCUCCGGCUUCGCCAGCGGCGCGGCGGGCGGCAGCCCGAGGGCAGGCAGCGGGAGCGGGCGGCUGCCGGGUCCGUCGUUCCGCCUGGGGACAUCAGAAGACGCGCUCAACGAGCGCGCGAACGCGCGGCCGGGCCUGGCGGGGCUGCAGAACCUGGGCAACACGUGUUUCAUGAACUCCAGCCUGCAGUGCCUCAUGCAUGCGGCGCCGGUGCUCAAGACUGGGCGGCGGCCCUGGGCGGCGUGGCGGCGGCGGCGGCGGCGCAGUGGGUUGAAGGAGUGGUCGGGGCCAGGCGCGGCGGUUUUUUUGACGGGCGCUUACGAGGCGGACGUGAACACGUCCAACCCCCUGGGCAUGAAGGGGGAGCUGGCGCACGCGUUUGGGAAGCUGGUCGGGCACCUCUGGAGGGGCGGCGUGGGCGCGGUGGUGCCUCGCGGGUUCAAGUCGAGCCUGGCGCAGUUUGCCCCCCAGUUCAGCGGCUACCAGCAGCACGACAGCCAGGAGGGAUGUGCGUGA